UUAACCAGCCUUGGGUCUUCCCCAAGGUUUCUCAUAAAAUAAAAUGAUUAGAACAAAACUGGAGAGGCCUUUAGGCUGCUUCUUUACCCUCCUUCUUAUCUCCUAUAAUGCCGUCGCUACCUUCCACGACCACGACGAAGCUUCUUUCCCGGAAGACGCCGAUCUCACGAAAGACCUAGAACAAAAAUGUUUUAGCAUCAAUAAAGUCGAUCCUAACCUAAGAUUUGAAAAUGAUCGUCUCAAAAGAGCUUACAUUGCUCUUCAAGCGUGGAAAAAAGCCAUUUACUCUGAUCCGUUUAAAACCACGUCUAAUUGGGUUGGUUCUAACGUGUGUUCUUACAAUGGAGUUUUUUGUGCACCUGCUUUAGACAAUCCUAGCAUCAACGUUGUCGCUGGAGUUGACCUUAACCAUGCAGAUAUAUCUGGACAUUUACCACCAGAGCUUGGCCUUAUGACCGACCUAGCUUUGUUUCAUAUCAAUUCAAACCGAUUUUGUGGGAUCAUCCCUAAAAGUUUAUCAAAGCUUGCUUUGAUGUACGAAUUUGAUGUCAGCAACAACCGAUUCGUCGGUAAGUUCCCUGACGUUACACUUUUAUGGCCGUCUUUGAAGUAUCUUGAUAUUAGAUACAACGAAUUCGAAGGAAGUUUGCCGCUAGAGAUCUUUGAUAAAGAUCUUGAUGCAAUUUUCUUGAACAAUAAUCGGUUUGAAUCGUUUAUCCCGCAUACGAUUGGGAAAUCGAAAGCAUCGGUUGUGACAUUCGCAAACAAUAAAUUCAUUGGAUGUAUCCCGAAAUCGAUUGGUAACAUGAAGAACCUCAAUGAGAUUGUCUUCACUGGAAACAAUUUAACUGGUUGUUUCCCAAAUGAGAUUGGUUUGCUUAACAAUGUGACCGUCUUUGAUGCGAGCAAGAACGGUUUUGUUGGUAGUUUACCUUCAAGUUUGUCCAGUUUAGCUAGCGUUGAGCAGUUGGAUUUAUCGCAUAAUAAGCUCACCGGAUUUGUUGUGGACAAAUUAUGCAAGUUGCCUAGUUUGGAGAGGUUCAAGUUUUCUUACAAUUUUUUCAAUGGAGAAGCUGAGAGUUGUGUUCCAGGGAGAAGCAAUGGGAAACAAAUUGAUGAUACGAAUAAUUGCUUGCCGAAUAGACCGAGUCAAAAGUUGGCUAAGCAAUGUUUGCCUGUGGUUAGUCGUCCGGUGGAUUGUAGCAAGGACAUAUGUUCUGGCGGUAGCAACGGUGGCUCUACUCCAUCACCAAAUCCACCAAAGACGUCAGAGCCAAAGCCAUCAAAACCAGAGCCAGUUAUGCCAAAGCCAUCAAAACCAGAGCCAGUUAUGCCAAAGCCUAAUGAAUCACCUAAACCAGAACCACAAAAGCCAUCAAAACCCGAGACACCAAAAACACCAGAACAACCUACACCUAAACCUCAGCCACCAAAGCAUGAAAACAAGCCUGAGCUACCAGAACAAGAGGAGUCUCCUAAACAACAACCGCCUAAACCUGAAGAUUCUCCUAAACAAGAACAACCAAAGCCAGAGGAAUCACCUAAACCUGAACAACCACAAAUACCGGAGCCUACCAAACCGGUUUCACCACCAAAGGAAGCUCAAGCACCGACUUCGGAAUCAGAUGAUCCAUACGACGCAUCUCCGGUUAGAAAACGUCGUCCUCCACCACCACCCAAGGAAGAGGAAACACGUGUAGCACCACCACCGCAGCCACCAACGUUUUCCUCACCACCCCCACCGGUUUACUCACCGCCGCCUCCAGUUAAUUCACCGCCGCCUCCGGUUAACUCGCCACCACCACCUCCAGUUUACUCGCCGCCGCCACCUCCAGUACAUUCUCCUCCUCCACCACCUCCGGUCCACUCUCCACCUCCGCCCGUUGCUUCUCCUCCACCGCCAUCACCGCCACCGCCAGUUCACUCCCCUCCACCGCCACCUGUUUUCUCUCCACCGCCACCAUCACCAGUAUACUCACCGCCGCCUCCAACACACUCACCACCACCACCACCGGUAUAUUCUCCGCCACCACCAAUGUUCUCACCACCUCCUCCAACCCACUCGCCACCACCACCACCGGUAUAUUCUCCGCCUCCACCAAUGUUCUCACCACCGCCAACACAUAUAACAACUCAACCACCGAUGGAAAGUCCAACUCCGGUUCAAGCCCCAACCCCAUUCUCUGAACCAUCCCAAGUGCCAACUCCAUCAUCAGACUCAUAUCAAUCACCAAUGUUGUCACCAAUUCAAGCUCCCACACCGGUUCAAGCCCCAACCCCAUCCUCUGAAACAUCCCAAGUAUCACCAACUCCAUCAUCAGAAUCGAACCAAUCACCAAGUCAUGCUCCAACACCAAUUCUUGAACCGGUUAACGCCCCAACACCAAUCUCAGAACCGGUCCAUUCACCAACACCAUCAAACGAACCGGUCUCAUCACCAAAACAAUCAGAAGAGGUUGAAGCGCCAGAACCAUCAGCUGACACAAGUGUUCCACCACCACCGGAAGACAAGGAAGAUGAUGACGAUGGUGAUUUCGUCCUACCACCAAACAUCGGAUCCCAAUAUGCAUCGCCACCACCACCGAUGUUCCAAGGAUACUAAAACCAAUGUCCCAUUUUUUAACUUAAUUGUUUGUAACAAAAAAAAAAAAUAUAUUUAAUCCACAAGAAAAAACAUCAAAUGUCAGUUACAA